GGAGGAAUUCAUCCUCCAUAAAACACUCACACACUUCUCUUUUCUAGAGAUGAAGAACCGGUGGUCGAGAGUGAACAGGAGUUCCUCAAAUUUGUUUAAUCCACUUUCAUUUCCCUUCUCUUGUUUUGCAAAUUCUUUAUAAAGGGGAUGGGUUUAUUCUGAUGGGAUUAUCAAAAUUUCUAAAACUAUUAUCAUUACUUCAAUUUUGAUGGGUGUAAGUUAUGAAUUGAGCGUGAUCAGAUGGGGUCUACCUUCUCUUCGUUCUGCUUUCACCCCCAAUUUAUCUCCUCCUUGUUGUUCUACUUCCUGUAAGUUUAUUUCUGCCUUUUCAUCUUUAAAUUUAUCAAUUUUGCUGCUUUUGGUAGCAGAAUUUUAUGGGCAUUUUCUGGCUUCUUUAAUGUUAAAAUUAGGUUACAAAUUAACGAAAAUAUUGUAUCUACAGUAAAUUUUUAUGGGUUUGAUCACUGAUUGUAUAGUAAGUGAUUAAAUUGUUGUGGAAUUGAAUUAGGGUUCUGCUUCAUUGGGUAACUUUUUUGACUAGUAGUGUCUUGCUUGGAUUUACUGUUUUUAGUUGAAUUCAGCAACUUAGUCGGAUGUGGAAUCCCUUAUCUCUUUCUUUGUAGUUUCAGUAAGGUUUUUAUGCUUAGUACUGCAGUGAUAUGUGGUCUGAAAUUUGAUGUAAUCAUCUAAAAAAUACAGACCUUUCAACAAAUGUGUAGAGCAGUCAAAAACAAGCAGAUGUGUUAGAGUGCCUUUUGAAUUGGUUCUUUGUUUUGGGUGGAUUCAGAUGGUGGCAUGGGGUUGCAUAACAACCCCAUACCGAAAAACACAAGUUGAAGAUUGUAUAGUUGUACAGGAUUCGACCCACAAACUUUAGUAAUGCUUAACUAUUCAUUUUUGCCCACAUUUGAGUUGUCCUACCUUAGAGAAAGAGAAGAGAGUUUAUGUUCCUCCCAUUACCCAUUCAUUUUAGUAGUGAACCUCCUUGAACUUGUCGGUGAGUUACUUCUUGUUUUGCUUGCAUAGACACAUAUCUUAAAUUCUAACAUUGUAUUAGAGCCAUUUUUGUGUUACCUCCUAUUCUCCUAGUUUAGGUUCCCUAGUCCCAUUUCGUAAGUUCUAACAUCUAAAGAUGGGAAAGAGCUAUAACAAUUACUUUAAAGAGACACUAUUUGAAUAACUUGUUGUACAUUAGGUGGCUAGGAGGCUUGUACGAGUCAAGUUGAGUUGGCGGUGGUGGGAAGUGUUUGUUGACGUGUGCUUGCUACCAGAUCUGAGAGAGUUUGGUGGGAUUAAUGGUGUUGACGAUGGCGGUAAUGCUUCGACAUUAGGUGUUGGAUGGAUUUUUGAUGAACAUUAGCCAUUUUCUUUAAUUGUUUUGGGGUAGGUGGUGUUUGAAAGAAGGGUAAUUACUAAUGAGAGUUUAUGUUGUUAGGAAGAUAGGAAGGAUUCCGUAAAAGAAUAAACUUCAUGAAUUGGGCACUUUGACUUGGGAAGGUUCUUGGUGAUAAAGUAACGUAUAUUUUUUUUCUAGAUAGUUCAGUAGUUUUUUUCUUGUAUUUGUUUUUACUAGUUGCUCAAUGUACUCGUAAGUUUAUAUGUAUCACGCACGGGUUCAAAUUUAGUAAGAUUCAAAUUUAGAUUCAUUUUAGACUUGAAUCCUUAAUCCUUAAUAUCUAAAACAUGUAGAUCAUUAUGCAUAAGUUUUGAAUUGUGGGGGUUUUGGAUAUAUGUGAUAUCAGAUGUACUGAUAUGCGAAUGUGAUGAAUGAUGAGUAAAGGAUCUAGCCAUGGUGUUUACAUGAUUAUUCAUUUUCGUUAAUUUCAAAAUGAAGCGAAUAACUUACGAUACAUUUUGUGAGAGUCAAGAUGCGUAUACGUCAAAUCUUGUAACUAAUAUGUGGAUUUUUUUCUUUGUCUUGCUUUAAUUAUGCAAUAUUCCUCUUAUGCUCAAUCGAUAUGAAUUUUGUACUUCAAACAUGGCUAGAAAUACAUUUAAACAUGACUAAAAAUACAUAUUUCUCAUUUGUCAAUUUUAAGUUAUUGGAUUUGAAAUUUCGUUUUAAUUAAUGUACGAUCACCUGUUUUAGAAGAUUGACGAACGUGUCGGUAGCAUUGCAAUGUACUUUUAAGUCAACUUGUAUUAUGUAUGGGUUCAAAUUGAGUAAGAUUAAGAUUUAGAUUCAACUCAAAUCCUUAAUGUCUAAAACAUGUGGAUCAUUGUGCAAAAGUUUAGAAACUGCAGGCUUUUGGGACAUGUGAGUGCCAAUGUACGAAUGUGAUGAAUGAUGAGUUAUAGGAUCUAGCCAUGGUGUGUUUACAAUUGUUCAUUUUCGUUAUAAUUUCAAAUUAAGCAAAUAACUUAUUGUAUAUCUUUGUGAGAGUCAAGAUGCUCUUUUGUCUAACUAAUGUGGAUUGUUUUUUCCUUUGUUUAGCCUUAUGCAUUUCUUCAAUCUUAUGCUCAAUCGAUGUGUAUUUUGAACUUAAUUUAAACAUACCUAAAAAUACAUAUUCAUCAAUUAACUUGUGCAAUCCCAUAUUUUAAAUCUUGGGCCCGUCAGUUUAAGGAUUUGUAAUUUUUCUUUAGUCAUAAAUUCUAAGUUAUUGGAUUUAGAAUUUUGUUUUAAUAUAUGUACUAGACAGACAGCACUAUAGUUUGUAGGUAUCACCAGUUUUUGGAGAUGAAUGCGUCAGCAGCAUUUGGUAUACAUUCGCUUGCUUGGAAGGGUUGAUUUGAAAAACUUUGAUGUGCAUUAUCACCAAAUCUGUGAGAUUAACUAAGAGUAUCGCAUGAAUUUAGGAAUGCAGAUUACUUGAAUGAUGUACUAUGUUAAAGUGAGGACUAGAGAGCCUUUAUAAGUAGCUUCUACUCCUAACAUAUUUUGUAACUGCUAACAGUUCUAAAUGAGAUCAACUAAUUGGAGUAGUUGGUUGUUUGUGCAAGAUAAUAAUAUUGUUGUUUUUUAAGUCUUAGUAUGCUAACUAUUUGCAAGCAAUGAGUAAACUUUUGUAAUGAUUCUAAGGAGAAGCUCUUGAAUGCUAAUUUUCAAGAAUUAGUGGAUUGAACUUAAAGUUUUCAUCUUAAUCAUUGAUCACAAAACGAAAAUAUUAGAGGUUUUGAUAUCAACCAAGCUCUCAAUUUCCUUCGUUAUAUCAUUAUAUAAAAAUGGCCAUCAUUUUCUAUCCAUGCCAGAAAAGGAUUAUGCUUUCUCAUAUCAUCCGAAGAAAUUUGGAUUUUGGUGUCUUUUCUAGCUAGGCUUGCUUGUCCCUUUUCAAACUUGCCUACUUUAUCAGAUUUCUGCCUUAUGAGAUGAUUUUAUUUUAAAAUUUCAAUGGGAAAAUUAUGCGCUUUGCUAACUAGAAAUUUCACAACAAGAUCUAAAGUUACAUUGUUAUGUAGACAAAGGGAGUGUAACACAUGUUAGAAUAAGUUGUCCUUCCUACUUGUGUAAAUUUUCUCGGAUCAUUUGAAACCUGCAGUUCGAGGUAAAGAGCUUGAUUUCGGCUCACCAAGGUUUCCGCAUAUAGCUAUCGGCUUUGAUGAAAAUGAAACGUUACACAAGGAAACUUUAAAAAUGCGAGCAUGUUCUUCUAAUCCACACACCGUUGAGAAUGACUACUCGAACUUGGAGGUAAUAAGGUUAAUAUCAGUAAAAGAUCUUGCAAAGGUUUGCAUAAUAUGAUCUAUGAUACUCGAGUAUUAUCCAAUAGAGAUACCUCAAUAUAUGUUCGAAGUAUACAGGCAUGCAGUGCUUCUCAUUUUCAUGUACUAAUGGAGAAUGUUAAUGUACUGGAGGAUGGAGUAUCUGUUUCGGAGAAGCUCGAAAGAGAUAUUAUAGUUCAGUUAGGAAGACUGGGAGCUCUGAAGCUGUUUAAUGCAUGUUUAUCGAGGACCAUUGAUACGAUGAACUUACGAGCUGAUAUUACUGAAGAUAAACGAGCAAAUGAUAAUAGACCAGACGAUGAUUUGAAAAAAAAAGUUAUAUUAUCGAAGAGAAAGGAAGAGAGAAAAACAAGACACGAGAAGAGAUUACAGGCUUCCAGUAGAAGAGUUGUGCGCAUAACAGAAAGCUCGCAUGAAUAUUCUAUGCAUCACGAAGCAGCCUUUGCGGCAAAGAAAACAAAGGUGAGGGGCAGAAGAGCUAUGCUGACCAAAAAUGAGGCUGAAAUGUCUAAAGGAAUUAAGGUAGUUGCACAACUAGAAAAGGUGAAAGCAACCUUGGAAAAGGAAACUGGGAGGGCGGUGACGUUAAAUUGCUGGGCUGAAGCAGCUGGUAUUGAUGAAAAGGUGCUGCAGCGUGAUUUGCGCUUUGGCUGGUAUUGCAGAGACAAACUCCUUAAAAGUGGUCGCUCUUUAGUGUUUUACUUGGCAAGAUAUUAUCGAGGACUAGGAAUAGCAUAUGAAGAUUUAAUUCAGGCAGGGAACAUAGGAAUAUUGCAAGGUGCAGAAAGGUUUGACCACACAAGGGGUUAUCAAUUCUCUACAUAUGUCCAAUACUGGAUCAGAAAAGCGAUGUCACAGUUGGUAUCUAGGCAUGCAAGAGGGAUCAAAGUUCCGUUAACAUUAGGCACCACAAUUAACCGGGUACAUAAGGCUCGAAAAGCCCUUAAAAGAAGUCGUGGAAAACACCCAGAUGAUAUUGAAGUUUCAAAAUUCACUGGUCUUUCUUUGGAUAAAAUAAAAUCGGCGGACAGUUGCUUGAGAAUCGUGGGUUCACUAGAUCAGAAAAUUGGAGACUUCAUAAAUAUGAAAUAUUUGGAGUGCACUCCAGAUACCUCAAUAGAGGUUCCUGAAAGAACUGUAAUGAAGCAGCAUAUGAGAUACGACAUAUAUAAGCUCCUCCAAGAGCUCGAUCCAAAAGAGAGACGGAUUCUAAUUUUAAGGUAUGGAUUAGGAGGGCAUUGUAUGUCACUUCAUGAGGUCGGAAAGAUAUUCGACGUAAGCAAAGAAUGGAUCCGAAGAAUGGAGAAGAGGGCUCUCACUAAACUAAAGACGGGAGAAAUUCAAACAACUUUAAGGCAUUAUGUGGAUUUGUAGUUAUAAUUUAUUUAAAAAGAAUUUCAAAAAGAUGGGUCGCUUCUGUGAUUUUCUCCUCGUAUAUUUUGUAUUAAUGUAAAUAUAUUCUAUAUAUGUGCGAUAAUACUUAUGUUUCCUUCUUUUGGCUAUAUGUAAGAAAAUAGGCCGUCAGUAAGAAAUCUUUAAUUUCUAUUUUAGAUUUUUCACUUAUUUUGCGUUA